UCUGAUAUUUUUCCUAACUCACGGUCCUGAUAAAAUUUCCGCUGCAAUAUUUUUCAAAAUAACUCACCGGUACCACUAGACUGCUCGCGGCUCCCGAUUCCGUUCAGGAUGGGGUCGGGGGGCGUGACAGUUUUGCAACCCGAACUGUACGCUUGUUGAAUUCUUGGGGCAUUUUGACUCUGCAAUUGAAGCCCAAAGACACGAGCACAGGAAGAAUGAUCACGAUACUAGGUACACGAACCCCCAAAUAUUUGCAAAAGAGUUUGUCUUAGAACAACAGGCGGCAAACAUAUACACACGGACAAUUUUCUUCGAUGCGCAACUUGAAAUUCAGACAGCCAUUCACAAGUGUGGUAUUGGAAAAUGGGAUGAUAGAGAGGAUAACUUUGUGAACUUCUCUGUGAAGGACUUUUCUCAAAUGUGUACUACAUUUUUUCAGGUUAUGAUGCGGCAGCUAGACAUGACCAUGAGUUGUUCAUGCAAUAGGUAUGAACAGUUUGGGCUUUUGUGUGCGCACAUUUUUUGCGUUUUGCGGAUUCUUGAUAUCAGGCAGUUCCCUGAAAGGUAUAUAAUGCGACGGUGGACCAGGGAAGCUGUUCCUAAUAGUGCUCCUGGAGCAAUAUUAGGGAUUAGUGAAAGUGAUGAUCGGUACCAGCAAGUUAAUGGUGUUGUACGGGAGAUAACAAGGUCAGCCGAGUCUCUUAUUAACAGGUUGGUUCAUAACUUUGAUGCGUUGUGCGCUUUCAGGGACCAUGUUGUCCAGUAUCAAUCGACGGCUGAUCAGGCAGUCGUAAACGCACCCCCUAGGAGUCGUUGCGAUAGGUUUGCUGAAAUAACUGGAUACACCCAAGAAACACCUGUAACUGUUCGCAUUCCGAAAACCAUUAGAUUUAAAGGUAUGGGUAAGCCUUCCAGAAUGAAGAGUAAUCGUGAAAUUGCCAUUAUUCAAUCUGUCAAGAAAAAAAAAGGGUCGUGAAUGUAGCAAUUGCAAACGUCGGGGGCAUAAUAUACGUACCUGCUCGUACCCGGCAAGGGAAAAGAACGACGAUUCCUCAGAAAGUGAUGAAGCGGCGGUUGAAGGAGAUGACUAAGAGGAGCUAAAAGAUACAGCGGGUGAAGGAGAUGACGAAGAGGAGCUAGAAGAUGAAGAGCAGGAGUAGUUGAUUACUAAAUUAUGCAAACUUUGAGUUUUUUUUCUAUAUUUUUAAUGACGUUUAAUUUUUGUUG